CGUCGCUGGUAAUAGGAUCAGUGUGUAUAGAGAAAUGGCGGCGGUGUGCAAGUUGUUCCGCAGCUGUCAUCUGCGGAAAUCCUUAGAAGGUGUAAGACGUUUCAGCUCUGCAUCUAAGAAUGUAAGAAAUGGGGCGAGCGCCACCCUUCAGGCUGUCUGCAUCGCAGGAGCCACUGUCACCAUUUACACCCUCUACAAAUGUCAGAAGGGCCAAAGCGUUUUGGCCGCGGUGCAGCAGAAAUCCGACGUCAAGGUCGUAAAACUCACCACCAGGGAGAGGCGAUUCAUCCGAUUUGCAUCGGUUGAAUACGAUGGACAGCUGUACAUGACGCCACAAGAUUUCCUCGAAUCUGUUGUUGAAGCAGAGCCUAGGCCACGAUUGAAACGUAAACUUCUCUCGGUCGAAGAAAUCGAGGACAUUAGGAAGACGACCCCUAAGCUGAGUCAAGGAUCGGCCACACUCUUUCGGAGCCUUAGAGACAAAGGAAUCAUCUCGUAUACAGAAUAUUUGUUUCUGCUAUCUAUUCUCACAAAGCCGCAAUCGGGUUUCCGUAUUGCCUUCAACAUGUUCGACGCAGAUGGAAAUGAAAAAGUUGAUAAAAACGAGUUUCUUGUGGUUCGUACUUUAUUGGCGGGAAAGCAUAAAGAUAGAAAUAGUGUUGAAAUAAAGACAAUGGAAAAAAUAUUUAGUCAUGCAUGGAAAGGGAAGAGAGGGAUGCAGAUGGCCGAAGGGCUGCAAAAUAAAUUGCCUAUCCAGGAUGAUUACGUCGAUGAUGAGCAAGGCUUGCAACGGAGGCAUAUCGUGGACACGACGCUGAUUGUCCACUUCUUUGGCCAGAAAGGAACCGACGAACUAAACUUCGAGGAUUUCCAAAAGUUUAUGUUAUACUUACAGAAAGAAGUUUUAGAGCUGGAGUUCAGCGAAUUCUCCAAGGGUCUGCCUACAAUAUCCGAAGUCGACUUCGCGAAAAUCCUUCUCAGAUACACUUAUUUGGAUACAGACGAAUACGAUAAUUAUUUGGACAGGCUUUUAGAUAGGAUCAAAGAUACAAGAGGUAUCACAUUUGAAGAAUUCCACGUAUUUUGCCAAUUCCUAAACAAUCUGGACGAUUUCAAUAUCGCUAUGAGAAUGUAUACAUUAGCCGAUCAUCCUAUAUCGAAAGACGAGUUUCAUAGAGCUGUCAAAAUAUGCACAGGCACCAAUCUAAGUCCACAUCUAGUCCAUACAGUGUUUUCCAUUUUUGAUGAUGAUGGAGAUGGCUUAUUGAGUUAUCGCGAAUUUAUUGCAAUCAUGAAAGACCGUUUGCAUCGCGGUUUCAAGUCGUACGCGAAGAAUGAAGGAUGGGAGGCGUUCAAAUCAUGCAUCAAACAAGAAAUGAAAACACCGUCUUAAGUACAAAAUAAUUCGGUUUUAUUUUCCUCCAACAUUUACUAACUUAUUUUCUGAAUGGUUGUGAUUUAUUGUAUUAUUUUCAUUAUUGCCAUAAAAAACAGUCACUAUAUUACUUUAUAUUAGGAUUUCCCGCUUUCCAAUUGAAACUAGCGCGAGAUUACACAAUAACCUAGUCCAUUUACUUUAAAAUAAACUCAUAAUAUUAAAGAAAACUUUAUCAACUAGUAAUAGUACAAUAGUGUUCAUUAAGCGAUUAAUCACUGCAGUAUAAUAAAAUAAAGAAAUUAAUGCUAACAAAA